AUGGGACCUCCACCUGAUCGUCUUCCUCCAUGGUACAACCCUAAUGCACAUUGUCCUUUUCAUGAAGGUGCCCCCGGGCAUGACCUAGAGGGUUGUUACGCUCUAAAGCAUAGGGUUCGGGAAUUGAUUGAGAGCAAGAUCUUGUCUUUUAAGGACAUGGGGCCGAAUGUGAAGAACAAUCCUCUUCCUCCCCAUGGAGAUCCCGCGGUAAAUGCCAUUGAAGAUGCCUCUGCUGGUGUUACGGUUGAUAAGGUGGAUGAUGUGAAGACUCCUUUGGUGGCAUUCCAUGCCCGAUUGGUGGAAGCUGGCCUGAUUAAUGUAAAUCAUGAAAAUUGUGAAGAGUGUGUCACACAUCCAAAAGGGUGUCAGAUGGUGCGAGACAAUAUUCAAAGCUUGAUGGAUGAAGGAAUGCUUCAAAUAUCCAGUGUUGUGAAGAACGAAGAUGUGUUGGUGAUUGAACCUUGUUUCAAUUUACCUGAACCAGUCGAAAUCCCAUAUUAUAGUGGAGGAAUGGUCCCGGUGAACAGAAGUUCAGACGCUGAGGUGACAGAAGCUGUAAGUGAAGACGUCACAAAUAUUGCAGGAAUGAGCAGAAUGACCCGUAGUGGUCGAAUUUAUACGCCUGAAUUCAAUGUGACUCCUCAAGGGCCAAAUAAGGAAUCAGCGGUUGCAGCUCCCACUAAAGAACCCGAAGUGGUCCAAUCCGAAGAUGCUGUUGAAUUCUUGAAGUUGAUCAAGAAAAGUGACUACAAGGUUGUGGACCAGUUGCAUCAAACACCAUCUAAGAUCUCUAUUAUGUCUCUUCUAUUGAACUCCCAAGCCCAUAGGGAAGCUUUGUUGAAGGUGCUUGCUCAAGCUCAUGUAACACAAAGCAUAACAGUAGACCAAUUUGAUGGAGUAGUUGCAAAUAUCACAGCCUGCAAUACUUUGAGCUUCAGUGGAGAAGAAUUACCUGAGGAUGGACAAAAUCACAACCGUGCUCUCCAUAUCUCGGUGAAAUGCAAAGAUGAUGCUUUGGCGAAAGUGUUGGUUGAUAUUGGAUCUUCGCUGAAUGUUAUGCCAAAGAGAACACUCGCCAAAUUAUCUUAUCAAGGACCAGCUAUGAAGCCUAGUGCCUUGGUAGUGAAAGCUUUUGAUGGGGCAGUUACCUCCAUCUUACACCAAAAGAUGAAGUUUGUGGUGGACAAUCAACUAAUCAUCAUUUCUGGAGAAGAAGACUUUGUGGUCAGUCACCUUUCAUCCUUCAGAUAUAUCGAGGCUGAUGAGGACGCUUUGGAAACUUCUUUCCAAGCUCUUGAAAUAGCCAAUGCCACUUUUGUGGAAAUGAAGGGCCCUGUUGGGAAAGCUUGUUCAUCUUUCGCUUCUCUAAAAAGCGCAAAGUCUAGUAUUGAAGGAGGAAACCCUGAAGGUUGGGGUCAACUUAUUGAUAUGCGUGAGAAGCAUGAUCGCUUUGGUCUGGGAUAUGUGCCUUCCGCUGCGAAAGGAGCCCGAGCCCCUACAAAGGACAACACUCGAAGCAUCCAGGAAGUAUUCCUCAGCAUAGGAUUCAUCCAUGGAGAUCAAGUCAAUGCAAUUGAAGAUAGCACCGCAGAUGAAGAUGAGCCAUGUUUGGUUUACCGAGUUAUUGAGGCACAACAAUUGUUGGAUGAAAUGUCUCACAGAAACAUUAUUCCAUGGAACACUGUGAUUGUUGGGUAUCUUCACAAUAACAUGGUGGAACAAGCCAAUAAGUUGUUUGAUAUGAUUCCUGGGAGGGACAAUUUUCCGUGGGCUUUGAUGGUUACUUGCUAUACGCGUAAAGGGAAGCUUGUAAAGGAUUUGGUUUCUUAUAACUCUAUGUUAGCUGGUUAUACGCAGAAUAGGAAAUUGAGUUUGGCAAUGCGGUUCUUUGUUUUUUCGAGAGGAUGA